UACAGUAAAGGCACACGAAUGCCUACAGCAAGAAGUUUGAGCGAAUAUUUCGUUUUGGGGGAACUUUAGGCUAUUAGUUUGUGGGCUUAUGACUUUAGUUGUCAUGGAAAUAUGAAGGGGACACCUAGGCCUAUUUGGCCGUCGUUGUGUCUUGACUCUGGACUCGCUGACAUCAUGUCUGGUGAAGAAAGGCAACCGACGGAGGCUGUUUUCACUCAUCUAGAACAAGGAGAUAUUUUUGUCGACACAGGUUCGUCUGGACCUGAUGAUCUUUUCGAGGAGGACUGCUUCACUCCGUCCUCUCUCUCCCCGUCGUCCUCCGUUUCUCUGCAGGGGAAACCCCUGUGCACCUCCUGCGGCCUGGAGAUAGUGGACCGAUACCUCCUUAAGGUGAAUGACUUUUGUUGGCACGUGCGCUGCCUCUCAUGCAGUAUAUGUAACGCAUCACUGGGGCGACACGUGAGCUGCUACAUCAAGGAUAGACAAGUGUACUGCAAACUUGACUACUUCAGAAAAUAUGGGACCCGUUGCGCUCGUUGUGGUCGUAACAUCCAUUCCACUGACUGGGUGCGCCGGGCACGAGGCAGCACCUUCCACCUGGCCUGUUUCUCCUGCACCUCUUGUAAGCGCCAGCUGUCCACUGGGGAGGAAUGUGGACUACUAGAGAACAGGGUCUUCUGCAGGCAACACUAUGACAUUAUGUUGGAGAAUAUCAAACAUGUUAAGGAAAAUGAGCAACCAAAUGUAGAGGAAGAGGUGGUAGAGAAAGAAGAGUCCAGCACCAUGCCAAGACCUGCUAAGAGGGCCAGGACCAGCUUCACUGUUGACCAGUUACAGGUAAUGCAAACUCAGUUUGCUAAAGAUAACAACCCAGAUGCCCAGACUCUCCAGAAACUGGCAGAGAGGACCGGACUGAGCCGUAGAGUUAUUCAGGUAUGGUUUCAGAACUGUCGAGCUCGUCAAAAGAAAUACAUCAGCCCAAAUUCUACCUUGAUGACAUCAUUUGCUCCUGGUCAGCUGACACCACCAUUAAUGGAGGAUCUCCAAUACACAACCUAUAUGUCCCCAGAUGCACCCCUCUACAAUACACUGACUUAUAUGGAUGUCCAAACUCCAGACCCCCUAUUACUUCAGCCACUUAUAUCCCAUUCGCUGACACAACUGCCAGUGAGCCGUGCCUGAGCUACAGCCUGCCUCUCAAACUGAAGACUGUUUGGCUGAUGGGAGAUGAAGAGCAUAUAUUACUCUUUAAUACAAGUGUAGUGAGGAAGACUUUAAUAGACUGUCCAAAAUGCCAGAAAUUUGAUUAAACUAUUAGUUUAAUUGUCACUGUGUGUGAGCAAAUAACUGGAAUUAACUUGUUUAUAACUUCCAUCUAAUCAAAGAUUCACAUGUGAGAAUAGGUUUUGACAAUUGAAAACAAAUUUAUGCCUAUGGGUAUAUGAGAUUACAUUUUUGUUAAUAUGUAUAUGUUAUGCAUUUUUGUACUUAAUUUAUUUGGAGAAUAUGAGCUAAGGCACUUUGGAAAGGGAUAACUGAGUUUUGAUUUGGUUUUCAGUUGUUUAAGGAGGUUUGAGGAUGAUAAAAUGAUCAGUUGGGCACUCAAAAGAUGGUUUCUCUUCUGUAAAGACUUUUUUAUUUUAUUUUUUUAUAUAAAUUUGGUUUAUAUUGCAAAUGCGAAGCGCUGAUCAUAGAUUCUCCUGCUCCUUGCUGUGUAGACGGACCAUUCUCCACUUGCAGUGCCGAUGUCUGUUAAAACAACCACUUUUCUUUUCACUAGAGCAUGUGUUCAAGACAAAGCAAUACAAUGUCUGACUGUAUGAACUGCACACUGGGAAUAGAUUUCAUGUUAGAUGUUUGAAAUACUGGAAAUUAAAGUUCAUGGUUGCAACAAAA